AUGGCAUGGGUACCAGCCCUGGCAGUUGGCAUCAGUGUCAUUUCUCAAAAGGGAGAGAUAAGGGGCCGGGAGGAAGAGGGAGAGUACAACAGAGUCGCACUGACAUCUCCAUCGCGAGGCACUGGGGCUGGUGUUUAAACCUGAACCUUUAUGGAACAUGAAAACACACAGUCCAGGACAAUGCUGACCGUACCCUUCCAAGAUCCUGAUGCCAUGCACGACGGCCAGUUCGGCGCAAACUUCACACGUGAAUACCAGGCUGACCGCAAAGUCCGAAAGCAAGACGCAACUUCCGAAAAGCCGGAGGCGGCCCCCAAACCAGAAGAAAAAGAAACACAGGAGGAAAACUCUGAAAAGGACGAAGACGACAGAGAGGAGGACCAAGACGAAAACGGGCUGCCAAGAAGGAGGGGGCCUCGGAAAAAGAAGACCAAGGGCCGAGUAGACAGGGUCAAGAUGCGACGCCAGGAAGCCAACGCCCGGGAGCGCAGCCGCAUGCACGGACUGAACGACGCUCUGGAGAGUCUCCGUAAAGUCGUGCCCUGUUACUCCAAAACGCAAAAGCUGUCCAAAAUCGAGACUUUGCGCCUGGCCAAAAACUACAUUUGGGCUCUUUCAGAGACUCUCAGCGCUGGCAAGAGACCUGAUCUUCUCGCCUUCGUGCAGACCCUAUGCAAAGGACUGUCACAGCCCACCACCAAUUUAGUGGCGGGAUGCCUGCAGCUCAACGCCAGAAAUUUUCUUACAGAUCACAAUGGGGAAGGGUCGUUCCCCGGCAGGCCCCCCUAUGAUGCAGUGUACCCGCCCUAUCCCAGCCCAGACAUGGGCACACCCGCAGGGCACGGCAGCGGCACCAUAGACAACGGAAAACCCUUCAGAGCGUACGGGUACUGCGGUGCGUACGAGUCGUUUUACGAGAACACCUCCCCGGAGUGUGUGAGCCCCCAGUUCGAGGGUCCGCUCAGCCCGCCCAUGAACUUCAACGGGAUUUUCUCCCUCAAACACGAAGACACACCAGACUAUGGCAAGAACUGUCACUACGGUAUGCGUUACUGCGCGAUGUCAGGCCGGACCCCCAUCGGGCAGACCUCAAUGUUCAGGGUGUCAGCCGAAAGCCAUUUCCCAUACGACCUGCACCUGCGCAGCCAGUCCUAUGCAAUGCAGGACGAGUUAAACGCCUCUUUUCAUAAUUAAUGAGAGAAAGUGAAGGUUUGCCAGGUAAUUAUUGAAAAUAUUUAUUUAUUUAUUUAUUCACUUGUUUGUUUAUUUAUUUGUUUGUUUGUUUGAAGCACAUUUGCAUUAUUUACAGUAUGCACAGUAUUUUUUACUAUAGGUUUGGCUAAAUUUGAAAUCGCAGUGCAGCCUAAUUAUUGUUUUAGCCUACCAAAAUUUGUAUAUGAAUUAUUGGCCAAAUUUUCCCCUUUAUCCACGGACGCCGUUUUUUUUAACUGACGUGUGCACCUAUAGGUAAUUAAAGAUUCCCUAACCUGGGUUAUUACGGAUAUCGAUUGCAUAUAUUUGUAAAAGGAAUGAUUAGUGACUAACAGCCUAGGGUCCGGCGUAACCCGUUUACGACAUUCUAUUGGGUAUUGUUUUCUAUAAAAGUUAAACUCAUCCUUACUGAAACACAAUCGGUGCACACUUUGAAUAUUACCAGAAGCCCAAGCAAUAAUGGCAAUACCAACUAUGCAACACAGAGCGGCUUUGAAUUCCCCUGAGUUCUGCGUUAUUGCAUUAUUUAGCGUUCAAGGUUCGUUAGAGGUUUGAUCCUACUCUUCUCAAUAACUAUUUGGCAAACAGUUUUCAGUUUAUUAAUUACGGAAUCCAAGUACGUUCCGUGUUUAUGUGAAAACACUAGCGUGCACAGGAGAAUAGAUAGAUAAUGAUUAAAAGUGUUUAAAUGUUACAUUGAAUAAUGCGUUACAUUUAAAACGGUGUUUUAAAUUAAAAUGAAUUAAUGUGAUCAAAUUAUCCGGUCUGUUGCUACUAGUUAUUUUUUAAGACAGCAUGUCCUUGGAGAAGUGUCUCCGGUUUUGAUGUGCAGGCCAAACCGCUUCAUGAGGACCACACACGUUUGCACGUCCAAUGGAAUCAAUGCAUGGACGAUUUUAUUUUAUUAGUCCUCAUGUCAUCAGCCUGGCGGCACAAAACCGUUUGUACAUAGCCGUACAGUUUACAUGUAUAUAUACAACUUGGAUACACCGUAUGCUUUGUAGCUGUUUAUAUAUGCAACUUUUAUUUUGUUUGUCCCAUUUAGUAUUUACAAUGGUACGGAUUUUAGUGUUUAUUUAUGUUGACGUAUUGUCCUUAGACAGUUAAAUCAUGUUUACAAGAUUACAUGUCAAUUGUAAGGAUGAAACCUGUGGAAUAUAUUCGAUGAAAGUUCAGACUUUGUCUCCUAAUUGAAAACGGUUAAAAUUGCCUUAAUUUAAAUGAAAUAUUCGGCACGUAUCAGUUAUGCAACGGCAUGAGUGUUGGAAAAACGGCUUUAGGCUUUGUACAGUAGUUUAUUUUGAUCUUUUAUGAUGAAAGUUUUCGUGAAGAAAAACCCAUAAUGCACUAAAUAUUUGUUCUGCACAUUUGUAUUAAACUAAGUUGUUUUGUAUUGCUAAACGAAUAAUAAAAUGCCAAGCAAAACUCAA